ACGACCGCGAAAGUAUGCUUUUGAAAAUAAAAGCGAUUUUUAUAAAGUGACAUACAAACAUACAUACGGGAAUAUUUUUUUGUUUUAUAAAGUAUCGGAAUAGAAUAUUAAAAUUUAGUGAGAACUUGUAUUAAAUUUAUAUACGUUUUCGGUUUUUUCUGUUUUUCCUCAAAACUUUACCACCAAAAGUUCUGUACCUGCCAAUAUUUUAGAUUCUUUGACAGUCAGAGUGUUGUUUGAAUUUUCAAAAUGGGUUCUAUGUUCAGAAGUGAACAGAUGGCCCUAUGCCAAAUGUUUAUUCAACCUGAAGCAGCAUAUGCAUCACUUUCGGAAUUAGGUGAAAUUGGUAUAGCCCAAUUUAGAGAUUUACAUGAUGGUGAAAAUGAUUUUCAACGUAAAUAUGUCACCGAAGUACGUCGCUGUGAUGAAUUAGAACGAAAAAUUCGUUAUAUUGAAAAAGAAAUUAAUAAAAAUGAAGUUGUUAUACCACCGAUUACAACUGAACCAAAAGCAUUACAACCAAAUGAAGUAACAAAUUUGGAAGCACAUUUAGAAAAAAUUGAAAGUGAAGUAAUUGAAUUGUCACAAAAUGAAAUCAGUUUAAAGCAAAAUUUUCUUGAAUUAAAAGAAUUGGCAUGUGUUCUUGAAAGUACACAAGGUUUUUUUACCGAUCAUCAAAUGAGACGUGUUAGUAUUAUUGCAGAAGAUUUUAAAACAACAUCAAAUAUUGCUAGCCGAGGACGUUUAGAUUUUGUUGCUGGUGUUGUUGCACGUGAACGUUUAUUUUCUUUUGAACGUAUGCUAUGGCGUAUAUCACGUGGUAAUUGCUUUAUACGACAAGUCGAUUUAAAUGAUCCAUUCGAAGAUGCUGAAAGUGGAAAAUUAAUUCAUAAAACCGUAUUUGUGGCAUUCUUUCAAGGUGAUCAAUUAAAAAAUCGUAUUAAAAAAGUAUGUGCUGGUUUUAAAGCAUCAUUAUAUCCGUGUCCGAAUACAAAAGGAGAAAGAGAAGAAAUGUUACGUGGUGUAAAGACAAGAAUUGAAGAUUUAAAAAUGGUUUUAAAUCAAACAAGUGAUCAUCGUAAUCGUGUAUUAAUCAGUGUUGCCAAUAAUUUAGGUAAUUGGAAAAUAAUGGUGAAAAAAAUGAAAGCAAUUUAUCAUACAUUGAAUUUAUGUAAUAUGGAUGUUAUGAAUCAAAAAUGUUUAAUAGCUGAAUGUUGGGUUCCAAUCGCUGAUAUUUAUAAAGUUCAAAAUUCUUUAAAAGAUGGUUCGGCAGCUGUUGGUAGUACAAUACCAUCAUUUUUAAAUGUAAUUAAUACAAAUGAAACACCACCAACAUUUAAUCGUACAAAUCGUUUUACGCAUGGUUUUCAAGUAUUAAUCGAUUCAUAUGGCAUGGCAACAUAUCGUGAAGCAAAUCCAGCAUUAUAUACAAUUGUUACAUUUCCAUUUUUAUUUGCUGUUAUGUAUGGUGAUUUCGGACAUGGUUUAAUUCUAUCUGUAUUCGGUCUAUGGAUGGUAUUAAAUGAAUCAAAAAUUAUUGCACAAAAAUCUAAAAAUGAAAUUUGGAAUAUAUUUUUUGGUGGACGUUAUAUAAUAUUAAUGAUGGGAUUAUUUUCAAUAUAUACCGGUCUAAUAUACAAUGAUAUAUUUUCGAAAUCAGUUAAUAUAUUUGGUUCAACAUGGCGUAAUGUUUAUAAUAAAUCAACAGUUUUAACAAAUAAAGAUUUAGUAUUAGAUCCAAAAACAACAUAUAAUUAUACGUAUCCAUUUGGUAUGGAUCCGGCAUGGCAAAUGGCCGAAAAUAAAAUUGUAUUUUUGAAUACAUAUAAAAUGAAAUUAUCAAUAAUAUUUGGUGUUGCACAUAUGGUAUUCGGUGUAUGUAUGUCCGUUGUCAAUCAUAUACAUUUCCGAAGAUUUUUAAAUAUAUUUUUGGAAUUUAUGCCACAAAUAUUUUUUUUAAUUUUAUUAUUCGGUUAUAUGGUAUUAUUAAUGUUUAUCAAAUGGAUUAAAUAUAGUGCAAAAGCUUUAACAAUUCCAGAAGAACCAGGAUGUGCACCUUCAGUUUUAAUAACAUUCAUUAAUAUGAUGCUAUUUACACCAGCUGGUGUUAAAGAUCCAAAUUGUGAAACAGAAUAUAUGUUUUAUGGACAAUAUUACGUACAGAUGGCUUUUGUAGCUUUUGCACUUCUUUGUAUACCAUGGAUGCUUUUAUUUAAACCGCUUAUUACAUUAUUUAAGAGUAAAAAUCAUAAUCGUGUUCAAGUAGGUAAUGUAGAAGGUCAUGUUAUGGUUCAACAAGUACAUGAAGAACCAUUUAGUGAAGUUUUCACACAUCAAGCCAUUCAUACAAUUGAAUAUGUUUUGGGAACUGUUUCACAUACAGCUUCUUAUCUUCGUUUGUGGGCGUUAUCAUUAGCUCAUGCACAAUUAGCUGAAGUAUUAUGGGCUCGCUUGUUUUCGAUGGCUUUUUCAUUAGCGCCUGGAUAUAUUGGAGUGGCUAUGAUAUUAAUAUUGUUUCCUGCUUGGGCAUUUUUAACAAUUGCCAUUUUAGUUGUCAUUGAAGGUUUAUCAGCAUUUUUACAUACUUUACGUCUUCAUUGGGUGGAGUUCAUGAGUAAAUUUUAUGAGGGCGCCGGAUAUGCUUUUGAACCAUUCUCUUUUAAAACAAUACUAGAAGCCGAUGAAUUCACUGAAUAAAAGUUUUUAUUUAAUUUUAAAUUAAAGUAAAACUUAAACUUUACAUUCUACGUAACUCAAAAUGUUGAGAUCUUAAUAAUAAAUAAAUAAAAUCGAAGAAAA